AAAGCUCAAGUCAGUUUGUGAGGCGAGCUGAAAAUGAGAGGUCCUGUACAAAUCAUCAGCUUUUCCUGCUUCCUGUUUUCUGUUACCUUUGUGCAAGGUCAAGAAUGUUUUGGAGAGGACAUUACAUAUGAAAACACACAACCAGUUGUAAAUGUUUCAUACGCUGAUGGUGAAACAGUAAACGUGAACUGCAUGACAGGUUAUAUCGGCUUUUAUACGUUACAGUGUAAAAAUGGGCAAUGGCUGACAUUCAUUGCACGAAGAUGCUCAAGGAAAAAAUGUGGUCACCCAGGGGAAACACCAAAUGGUUAUUUUAAACUUAUAGAGGGGAGAGAUUAUACUUUUGGAGCAAUGGUGGACUAUACUUGCAAGACAGGGUACGAAAUGACAAGCAGAAUCAAUCGGCGUCACUGUAGAAUCAAAGGGUGGGAUAAUUCUGUCCCUGUCUGUGAGGAGGUGAGAUGCCCUGUGAUUCACACAGAUGGGGAGGUGACUGCAUCGGGCAACACAAAGGAAGGAACUUAUGGCGAUGCUAUUCACUUUGAGUGUGUAUCUUCUGACAAAAAGCUAGACGGAAAUAGUGUCAUUUAUUGUACGGAGAAUGGCGUUUGGAGCGGGCCUGUUCCACAAUGCAUAGUAACUUGUCAGCUUGAGUUAACCGAACCUGAAGUAAUAAAAACCAUUCCAUGGGGAAAAACAGUUUUCAAAGCUGGAGAAACGGUGGGGAUUAUCUGUUCUGGCAAAAACCGGGUCUUUAAUAAACAGGAAACAUUUACUUGCACAAACAAUGGGAAGUGGGAUUACAAGCCUACUUGUGAAGAGAGUAGAUGUGAAGUUCCACUUAACCAGCACGUGUAUCUCCCAAAAUAUUACUUUAGUGGAGAUCUGAAUUUGGGAGCAAAGAGAUCAUGCAGUUGUGAGUCUGGAUAUCGUGAAACAGCAGCAGAGGCCACAUGUACACGAGACGGAUGGACACCGAAACCACUGUGUACUGAAAUUAUGUGUGACCCACCAACAAUCCCAAAUGCAAAGAUUGUGGGAAGUCAAAAAUCUAAUUACAAAAUCGGUUCAAGAAUAGAAUAUAAAUGUCGUCCUGGAUUUGAACCAGAGGAGCCUGUACAAAUCACCUGUGAUUCCCAGGGCCAAUGGACAGGCACACGGCAAUGCAGUGAUGGUACCUGUCAGGAGCAAGAACUCAAAAAUAUAGAAAUUCUAUUUGGAUAUCCGAGCACCGCUUUACCUUAUAAACCUGGCCAUAUCUUAGUUUUUCGAUGCACUGAUGACAACAUGAGGUUUUACGGCCAACGUGCAAUUGAAUGCCUGCCAGAUGGGAGGUGGAAUUACCCAUAUCCACAAUGUGGAGGAAAGGUUCAGUGUUCCCAACCAACAAAGAACUUGCAGUUUGUGACACUGUCAGAUGAGAAAACUGAAUACAGCAACUUUGAGAUACUGACAUACACGUGCAAUAAACCGUACAAUGAAAUUCCAAGAGGAGUUUUGAUGUGUCAAAAUGGAAAAUGGAACGAAACGUUUGACUGCAAAAGUAAGAUCUGUCCACCUCCUCCGUAUCUUCAAAAUGGAGACUACAGCAUCGACAGUACAAAAGAUGAAGUGAUCACAGCAGUAUCUUACACUUGCCAGUCUUACUAUGUAAUUACCAAGCAACAGGACGUUUAUAAGUGUGUGGAUGGGAAAUGGGAGACUCCUCCGAAAUGCCUGAGACCUUGUGAAAUUGAUGAUAUUGUCGAGAAGUACAAUCUACAGCUUCCUACAGAAAAGGUCUACAUAAGGCAUGCUGAAAAGUAUACACUUAACUGUAGAGAUGGAUGGAAUACUGGAAGUGAGCUGAAACCGUAUGUGGAUGUGUCGUGCUCCAACGGGAAUCUACAGAUUGACAAAAGUUGUAACUAGGUAUAAACUGGAGUGGUGAUUGAGGUACCCCAUUCAGUAAAAAUGACAAAUUUAUUUUUAUA